CGCAUUCCAGGUUACAUGUAUAUUUUUGACACUGUCCGCAGAUGUCUACAAAACAGUAAUAUACAUUCAUUUUAAGUCAACCCAGCGACAAAAAAUAAAAACAAUUAGAAAUAACGACAUUUGAAAGCUAUUGUAUUAUAACGUUAACUAAGUACAAUAUCAAACUAAUAAAGCGAACUCAUUAUGUUUUACAACAAUUUUAUUGUUUGUUCAUUGGGUCGUUGUACUUAGCUAGACUAUAAAAAGGGCUAGGUACGUGCUGAGUUUUAACAGAUUGAGACGUGCGCAACAAUGACAGGAAACCUAGAUGAACGAAUCGAGAGGCUUAGAACGAGAGCCAUUCGAAAAAACGUACUAGCACGUCGAUUAUUGAAAAAGAUAGACAGAGAAUUGACUAAAAAGAGAAGCGAUCUUUCAAAAGUUCUAUCUUGGCAAAAGAAGGCUACUAAGCUUUUAAAUCAAGGUUUAAACAAUGUUAAGAAGCGAGAAUACUUAAACCGCUUUCGCGCAACAGACACUAAACCUAUUAAUUUCAAUCUGGAGAGAGUUUCAGAACGUUAUGUUUUGAAAUAUGGUGCUUCUUCUUGCGUUUUCCGAGCAAAGAUGCAAAGUCCCGAAAAUCCCGGUACAGUCCAUGUCAGAGACAUCACAGACAAGCUUAACUCAGUCUUUGAUGAUGCCAUAAAACAGGUGAAACGUCAGUGUGACCUACAAAAACCUUUAGAAGAUAAAAUGCGUGUUAUGGUCAGAUCUGAUUAAAAGCACCUAUCAGUACCAAGUUGGUUCCAAUGAUUCAAAUGAAUUCGGACAGAGUUCUCAGCGAAGUAACCAAAGUUCUUCAAAGCAAUGAAAAUUUACCCCUAGACCAAUCUUUUGUCAUAGACAUCAUACCGGUGCGACAGCCGAAAGAGUACAGUACAUCUUUUAAGGUACUGGAUUAUAGCUUAGACAGUUUAGCUAAAAAAAUUUUUAUCACUCAGAAAUAAGAAUAAUUUAUGCUGUGCUCGAUCCAUAGCUACUGGUCAAGCGAUUGCAGAUAGUCACCCGAAAUUGAAGCAAUUUAAAAAUGGAAAACUUAUUCAAAAAAGGUUAGCACUUGAACUGUACAGAAAAGCUAAUAUUUCAUCUGGUCCGUGCGGGCUUCGCGAAAUAAACAAAUUUCAGGGGGUCCUAACUGGAUAUCAAAUUAUUGUCAUAGAUUUUAAUGCGAGAAACACAGUUAUUUUUGAAGGCCCCCGGGGAGAUAAAAAGAUCGUUUUGUACAGGCGUGGCGAUCAUUACAAUGUUAUUAAUCCAAAGAAACUCCCGGCUUUCCAUGGCAAACGAUUUUUCUGGGAAAAAUGUAAGUCUUUUUUUCAAGACUUUUUUGGUCAUCCCUGUAACGAUCCAUGUCAUACUUCACUUGCACAAAGAAUGCAAUUGGGUCUCUAGCGAAAAACGAACAUGUCUAGACUGUUUUAAGAUUUGUCGUUCGUUUAAAUGUUUUGAGCAUCAUAAAAAAACCCGUAGAUUGAAUGGUGUCAAUCUUCCUUCGAAAUGUGAAACAUCAUUUAAAUGUCGAACGUGUUUUUCAACAGUUCAACGAAAACGUCAAAAUGAACACAGAUGCGGCGAACGCGUCUGUCACAUAUGUAACGAGUUUGUUUUGUCGGACCAUUUGUGUUAUAUGCAAAAGGAGUCACCAAAGGAGCCUAACGAAAAUCUCAUAUUUUACGACUUUGAAACGGAUUUUUCUUCAGGUGAACAUAUUGUGAAUUUUGCAGUAGCUCAGUAUUUUGAUGGAUCAGAGAUUAUUUUCAAAGGUUACUCUGCAUUGAAUGAGUUUUGUGAGUUUUUGUUCUCCAUGAAACAUAAAGGCUUUACGGCAAUAGCUCAUAAUGCAAAAGGUUUUGAUGCGAUUUUGAUUCAGAGAUGGUUGAUAAAACACAGACCAACUUCGGACAUGUAUGUUAUUCAUUCUGGUCAAAAAAUUAUGCAACUCACUUUAAAUGAUUAUAGGAUCAGACUUAUCGACUCGUUGAAUUUUCUUCAAAUGCCACUUUCAAAAUUUCCGGUGACGUUUGGUUUGGAUCCCAACAAAUUUUCAAAGGGCGAUUUUCCUUUUAAAUUUAACACGUUUGAAAAUCAGAAUUAUAUUGGUCAAAUACCCGAUAUUGAAUAUUAUAGCCCGGACAUAAAAUCAGAAAAAGAACGAACUAGAUUAAUCGCAUGGCAUCAGGAAGUAAUGACGAAUGAUUAUGUAUUCGACUUUCAAAAAGAAAUGUAUAAGUAUUGUUCACAGGAUGUCACAAUUUUACGUCUAUGUUUAGAAUUUUGCGAUUUGUUUUUGUCUGAAACGAAAGUUGAUCCAUUUUGCUAUUGUACAAUUGCAUCUUCAGUUAUGAGCGUUUAUCGAUCGAAUUAUCUGAAAGAAAGUACGAUUGGCAUUAUUCCAAAAACAUGUAUCGUAAUAGCAAUAAGCCAUAUUCUAAAAGUUCGAUUGAAUGGCUUGAAUUUGUGGCAGCCCAAACAAACUCAAAAAUCCAACAUUCGUGUAACGGUGGAGAAAAAGUUAAACGAAUACGGUAUAUGAAUUUCAUGGUUGCGUUUUCCAUUCAUGUCCUUUGUGUUUUUACGGUGAUAAUAAACACCCUUAUCACAACGAACGUAAGAUGUCUGAAGUUUACAGUGAAACAGUUGAACGGGAACAACGAAUCCGUGAACUCGGUUACCAGGUAAAAUCUAUCUGGGAACAUGACUACAGACAACUUAGGGAAACGAAAGAGAUGAAAACAUUUCUGGACACGUUCGAAAUUGUUACUGAUCUUGAGGCUCGCGAUGCUUUCUUCGGAGGUCGAGUGAAUGGAUUUAAGUUAUUCAAAGAUGCUUUGCCCGGUAAAAAGAUAGAAUAUAUCGAUAUUUGUUCUCUCUAUCCUUUCGUUAAUAAGAAUCGCCGUUAUCCCAUAGGCCACCCGACUAUAAUUCGCGAAAACUUUCAAGAUAUUUCGAAUUAUUUUGGUUUGAUAAAAUGUCAAGUUUUAGCACCGGGUAAAUUAUAUCAUGGAGUUUUACCUGUCCGAGUUAAGGGUAAGUUAUUUUUUCCAUUGUGCAAGCAGUGUGUCUUGGAUGCCUGUUCAGAAUGCCGGCAUUCUGAAGAGGAACGUUCUUUUGGGGAACCUUUACUACGAUAGAAGUUCAAAAAGCUAUCGAAAAGGGAUACAAAAUCAUUAAAAUUCAUGAGAUUUGGCACUUUGAAAAUUCAUCCAGUGAUUUGUUCAGCGAAUAUGUUAAUAAUUUUCUUAGGGUAAAACAGGAGAGCUCGGGGUUUCCUGAUUGGGUACAGACACCCGAGGACCAGUUAAAUAUGUGAACGAUUACUAUGAACACGAGGGAAUUCGAUUAAGAAUAGAUAAGAUUGAAUAUAACCCAGGGUUGAGAGCUCUUGCUAAAUUAUGUUUAAAUAGUUUGUGGGGGAAAUUUUGCCAGAAAGACGAUCGAUUAAAUAGUGAGUUUAUUAGCGAUCCUCUGCAAUUCUAUAAGCGUCUUAAUGGGGCCGAUAUAGAAAUGCACGAUCUUUGUAUUUUAAACGAUGAUUUAGUUGAAAUAGUCUAUAAGCGAAGGCAUGAAUAUGCAAAGGAGAACAAACUAACAAACCUAUUUAUAGGCAUUUUUACUACAGCAUGGGCUAGAUUAGAACUUUACAAGACAAUGGAUAUCUUAGGAGAAAAUGUAUUAUUGCUGCGGAGCGAGCGAGCCUGAAGCGAGCGAGCGUAGCAGCAGUCUAAUUUGUGCAGAGAGGGGGUUCUGAACUAAAUUUUAUUUAGCGCAAGGAAU